CAUUUUGACCUGCGAAAGGCAGCAAUAUGCAACACAGCGUCUAGUCUGCCGAACAUUCACACGAAGAAGGGGGUUUGUAGUUCUUCCUGUACAGUACUUUCUUAGCAGCUAGCUACGUGGUUUUAGCAAGACAGUGGAAUGAACGUCAUGCUUCAUAUGAAAAUGUUAAAGGACAUUUUAAGUGUGUUUUGCACAAUUUGUCUUGUCACCAAGUUUACCACUGCAGCCCAAGACGGCUCUAAUGGGAAAAAGGACCAAGAGUGUUACAACUACGCUGGAGGACACGUCUACCCCGGAGAGGCUUUCCGUGUACCCGUCUCUGAUCAUUCCUUGCACCUCAGCAAGGCAAAAAUUUCAAAGCCUGCACCUUACUUUGAGGGAUCAGCUGUCAUCGAUGGUAAGUUUAAGGAGCUCAAACUGUCGGACUACAAAGGGAAAUACCUCGUCUUCUUCUUCUACCCCCUGGACUUCACGUUUGUCUGCCCGACCGAGAUUAUUGCGUUCAGUGAUCGUGUGCACGAGUUCCAUGCCAUCAAUGCUGAGGUUGUUGCCUGCUCUGUCGACUCACAAUUCACACAUCUGGCAUGGAUCAACACACCCAGGAAGCAGGGGGGACUCGGACCAAUGAAAAUCCCUCUGCUGUCUGACCUCACACACCAGAUUUCCAAAGACUAUGGAGUCUUCCUGGAGGACGCAGGACACACACUCAGGGGCCUGUUCAUCAUCGACGACAAGGGCGUCCUGAGGCAGAUCACCAUGAAUGACCUCCCUGUGGGGCGCUCUGUAGACGAGACCCUGCGGCUUGUCCAAGCCUUCCAGUAUACUGACAAACACGGCGAAGUGUGCCCAGCAGGAUGGAAGCCAGGCAGUGACACAAUAAUCCCAGACCCAGCGGGCAAACUCAAGUACUUUGACAAGCUGAACUGACCCUCCCCUCUAAUAAACACUUUGGUUUAAGCUCAGAAUAAAAACAGUUUUGAUAA